AUGAGUUCCCAAUACAGCCCGCACCUCUAUUUCUCUUCCGCACCUCGUCUCGUAUGGCAUGCAUACACAGAGUAUCUAUGGAACCCACUUCCUGGCUCUUGGGUCGGCCAGGUCGCAUAUUCAUUCCGCAUAUUGGCGUUCCUGCUUAUUCUGCCGGUCGUGAUUCUGACACUGCUGGAUAUCACCUCCUAUGUGAUCGCGCGUACUCUCGGUAUUGUUGACGAUGUCAAAGCGUCGACAAGCGACCAGCCUGUUUUGACUGCUGAGGGCACGCCCUCGAUCCUUGUUGAAGAUACGUCAUCCGAGGACUCUCUUCCCGCGGACCAAGACAGCUCGGUUCAUCGGCAACACAACACCGACACGAUGAGGGGUGCAGGGGUGCAGGAGGAAAUGAAACUCCAGGCUUACUUCACGGGAGAGGAGGAUCUACAGUUGUCUAGUGUUGGCUUUCUCUCGCCUUCCCCGUCUCAGCCAUCAUCGCCAGUUUUACCCCACGAGAAGUUGCCUGGAGAAGGUGGAGCGAUGAGAACGGAAGACCCACGUGAUGUACAUGUACAGGAUGACCCCAUCAUCCUGCGACGACGGGGCGCCCAAGUGGCAAGCGAUUAA